UACUUUGUGAAAGAAAACAUUGGGGUUUCUUUGGCUGUUCUUGAUAAGCCUAUAAAAAUGAUAUGUUUUAGUUGCUUCUAGGUAGGUUUUCUUUUUACUCUUGCACCAAAAAAAGAGAGAAAAUAAUAGUAAUAAUAAUAGGACAAUGUAGUGUGACGUUGUAAGAGUAUCAUUGUGAGUGUUUUGUUUUGUUUUGUUUUCUGAGAUGCUUAGAAAAUGGUGAAUGUGUAACAGUUUCCAACUGAGUGAAAUCAUUCUUUGAGCUUGGAGCUGCAGCACUGUGUCCUGUCUACUCAACGUUGCUGAAGUAAAGGAACCCUGCAGCCUUCCCAUGCUAUCUGUUGAGAUGGAAAACAAGGAAAAUGGCUCUGUCGGUGUAAAAAAUUCCAUGGAAAACGGGAGGCCACCAGAUCCCGCAGACUGGGCCGUGAUGGAUGUCGUCAAUUAUUUCCGAACGGCAGGGUUUGAGGAGCAAGCGCGUGCUUUUCAGGAACAGGAAAUUGAUGGAAAAUCCCUGCUAUUGAUGACCAGAAAUGAUGUGCUGACAGGACUUCAGUUAAAAUUGGGGCCUGCUCUGAAAAUCUACGAGUAUCAUGUAAAGCCUCUACAGACAAAGCAUUUAAAGAACAACUCUUCAUAGUACAGCCAAAUUGGGGUCUCGGACCCCAAAAAGUUACAUAAUGACAUAAUUCAGUUUCAUGUGAUGAAACUUUGUAAACGAAUACAUACAUGUGUAUAUGUAAAGAGUUUCAAUCGAAUGAAACGUUAUCCUAUUGGAUAGACUAGGCAAUUCGUCGGCUGACCUGAAUCCAACCAGGAGGAGCAAGGACAGGCUGUGCACAAGAUGGUUUUCCUUGUGGAAUGUGUUAGAUAGAGUGUUCUUGGAUGUACGUAGACACUCCUCCCCACAAAGCCUCUGAAAUCAUAAGGGUUUCUUUAUUUCUUCUUAGAUUGCAUUCCCAAAAUCCUUUAAGAAAAAAAGAAUUUAAUAGAAUGAACACCUUCUGGUUACAAACUUAAGAAGAAUAAAAACAAUAACAUGGGGAGAAGGAGAAAAGAGAAAGGGAUUGCUGUCUCCCUUGAAUUCCUCUGCUCCUUAGAGCUUGUGUUACUUGGAUGGAAUUGCCAAAACCCUUUUUUAUAGAGGGUCCUCCACUUGACCUUAUUAAGGUUUUAUUGGGAUGUGCUGCCAUGUUUGACAAGAACAUGCAUCAUGGCCCCUUCAGGAGCAGAAUUGUAGCUCUGAAAAGAGAAACUCUGUUGUGUACUGAGGAUGUCCAUCCAUAUUCAGCCAGCUUUCACGGGGGUUAAUGGUAUUUUCUGCAAAGAUUUGCUUUCACAUCGGUUCUUUGUUUCUGAAGAAAGCAUUUUUUUACUUUAUGGUUUGUAUUUAUAAUAAUUUGUUUCUGAAGAAAUUUGCCAAGAGUUAAAGGUCAAAAAGCCUUGUUACUAGCACAGAAUAUUUUUAUAUAUAUUCCUUCAUGAUGGUGUGAUAUUUUUUUAAUUGUCCUAUGCUUUGUUUGAUUCCUGGGUUGAGUAAAUGUUUUUAAGAACUUGAAAAAGUGAGCUCGCAACAUCUCUGUUCAAAGAGACAUUUGUUCAAACUCUGUGUGUCAAUGCCUUGUUGAAUUGGUGCUUUGUGGUUGCAAUAAAGUAUUGCUUCAGUUUA